GUCGCCGUCAUCUUUCACAAGCGCGCCACCUUGGACUCCCGCGCAAACAACUUGUCGUCUCCCGUACCUUGUCCUCUGCCCUUGUUCUAUCUGCGACUCCUCUACACUAUUGCCAUGGCCAACUACGGCGGAUACCAGCCAUACCCCAACUAUGGCGCCCCUAACAACUACGCGCCGAGCCCUCGACCACCAACGAAUAAUCCCGCUAUCCCCCCUCCGUACCCAUCUGCGUCGUACUCAUCGCCCUCCCCAAAUCCAAUCUCGGCUGGAUCCUACUCACCCUACCCGCAGUUACAGCCUGGAUACAACAGACCCCCACCUGCGCCUCCAGGGCUGUCGGGCUAUCCACCAUACCAACAACAACAACAGCAACAACAACCAUAUGGACAACAGCCGCCACAGCAAUACGGAUAUGGUGGCCAGCAGCAGCCACAGCCAUAUGGAGGCCAACUAGGCUAUGGACAACAGGCACAAGGACAAUACGGCCAAUAUGGACAACCACCGCAAGGCCAAUACGGCGCACCACCGCAGCAGGUUCAGGCUGGUCCCGCCGAAAUUGCCGCCUACAAGCAGUUGCUGCAGAGCUGCAUCCAGGAGAAGCAGCUCCAGACCUUCUAUCCACCAAACUCUCCUAUGCUCGAUCAGAUUGCUAGCCGUGCCCCAGCCUUGAUCAACCAGGUUAUUCAGCGUUGGCGCAUCGCCAAGGAGGUUGCAAAUGAUAUUGUCAAGCUUGCCUUGUACGAUAUUGUCUUGUAUAUCGACGAUAGUGGUUCCAUGCAAUUUGAGGAAGAAGGCAGCCGUAUCAAGGAUCUUAGGUUAAUCCUUGAGCGCGUCUCCUUCGCUGCCACCUUGUUUGACGCCGAUGGGAUCUCCGUUCGAUUCAUGAACACCGACCUCGCCCAGGUCCGCGAUCAGGGCGGCCGACCACUCCAAGAUGGUGUUGCCAACGAGUCUCAGAUUGAGACCAUCAUGCGUGGAGUGCAGUUCAAGGGACUGACUCCUAUGGGCACCUCUCUCAGGCAGAAGGUCAUUGAUGGAAUUGUCAUGCAGAAGGCAUCCUCCGGUCAGCUUCGAAAGCCUAUCUUGGUUAUCACCAUCACGGAUGGGCAACCAGCCGGCGAGCCCCAGAACGCCGUUUUCGACACCAUUCGCUAUGCGUUUGACACUCUCCAACAACGAUUCCCGCAGUAUGGACGUGGCGCGCUUGCCUUCGAGUUUGCGCAAGUCGGAAACGAUGAGAUGGCGAAGAAGUUCCUUGGGAAGCUUGAUGAGGAUUCUCAAAUUGGUCUCAUGGUUGAUUGCACGUCGAACUUCGAGAACGAACAAGAGGAAAUGGCCCGUGCCAAUCCACCCGUCGACCUCACGCCCGACCUCUGGAUCGUCAAACUCCUCCUCGGAGCCAUCGACGCCUCCUACGACACUAAAGACGAGAAGACGAACCGUCCUGCCGGCGGUGCUCCGGGAGGAUACGGUGCUCCUCCUCAGCAAUACGGUGCCCCCCAAGGAUACGGUGCUCCUCCACCUGGACAAUAUGGCGCGCCGCCGCAACCAGGCGGAUAUGGUGCCCCUCAACAGGGUUAUGGAGCGCCUCCGCAACAAGGUGGAUAUGGAGCGCCUCCCCCCGGACAGUAUCCGGGACAGGGACAGUAUCCGCAACAAGGAGGUCGUGGUGGUGGUCCCGGCGGAUAUCCAGGUCAGCAGCCCUAUGGACAGCCGCCGCCACCUGGACGGUAUUAGAGUGAAAGGUAGAUGGUCUGGUUUUGGCCUAGGCUAUUAUCGAUGGGGGUGUGCUCUUUGGGGUGAUUUGUACACGGUUGUUUAUUUUCUAGGCUCUGGUUGAUGCGGAGCACGGAAUGGAAAGGAAAGCAAUCGGUGGUUAAAAAUCAUGAAUUUCACUUAUCUUUUCGAUGGAUGAAUGGGUGGUUUUAUGGCUUUCCUAAACCUUGUUCUCUUCCGUGAUAUGGUGGUUUAUUACCAUCUCAAGAACAAUGAUGGGGAUUGGGAUGCCAUAUGGUAAUUAUGGUAGUAAAUGAAUGACUCGAUGAAAAUUCUGGA